GUCUCUCUAGGCGGGAGGCGUCUCGGUGGUGGUGUAGGCGGGGCUGGCGGAAACAUGGCGGCGCAAGCGAGCGCCGCUGAGCUCCCGGACGCGGGGGCUCCUCGGCCCUCCGUGUGUCUGUUGGUUUUGGGAAUGGCAGGAUCCGGGAAAACCACUUUUGUACAGAGGCUCACAGGGCACCUGCAUAGACAAAGCUCUCCACCUUAUGUGAUAAACCUGGACCCAGCUGUACAUGAAGUGCCCUUUCCUGCCAACAUUGAUAUUCGUGACACUGUGAAGUAUAAAGAAGUCAUGAAACAAUACGGACUUGGGCCCAAUGGUGGCAUAGUGACCUCGCUCAAUCUCUUUGCUACCAGAUUUGAUCAGGUGAUGAAAUUUAUUGAGAAAGCCCAGAACACUUCCAAGUAUGUCUUGAUUGACACACCUGGACAGAUCGAAGUGUUCACCUGGUCAGCUUCUGGGACAAUCAUCACCGAGGCGCUGGCAUCCUCGUUUCCAACAGUAGUCAUCUAUGUGAUGGACACAUCGCGAAGCACUAACCCAGUGACCUUCAUGUCCAAUAUGCUGUACGCAUGCAGCAUCCUGUACAAAACCAAGCUGCCUUUUAUUGUAGCCAUGAACAAAACAGACAUCAUUGACCACAGCUUUGCCGUGGAAUGGAUGCAGGAUUUUGAGGCUUUCCAAGAUGCCUUGAAUCAAGAAACUACAUAUGUCAGUAACCUCACUCGAUCCAUGAGUCUGGUGCUAGAUGAGUUUUACAGCUCACUGAGGGUGGUGGGUGUGUCUGCUGUUCUGGGCACCGGCUUCGAUGAGCUCAUGGUGCAGGUCACCAGUGCUGCAGAAGAAUAUGAAAGGGAGUAUCGUCCUGAAUAUGAACGCCUGAAGAAAUCACUGGCCAGUGCACAGACUCAGCAGCAGAAGGAACAACUGGAACGCCUUCGGACAGACAUGGGCUCCGUAGCCUUGGAUGCAGGGACCGCCAGAGACAGUGCAUCUUCCACGCUGGACCCUUCUGACUUGAUCCUGACUCGGGGAACCUUGGGUGAAGAGGAUGAAGAUGCUGAUAGUGACACUGACGAUAUUGAUCACAGAGUUACAGAGGAAAGCCACGAAGAGCCAGCAUUUCAGAACUUUAUGCAAGAAUCAAGGGCACAGUACUGGAAGAGAAACAAGAAAUAAACCUUUAGGAAACUUCACUUGCUUCCACAAGUCCUGGAUUCUGGACUUUCAUGUGAAUAAACUGUCCUUACCUGUGACUGGGGGGAUAUGUGAGCAAUUUUAUCACUGAGGAGUUAACAAGUUACCAUGGCAGAUCAUUUGCCUAGCAUGCCCUGGGCUCUGGGGUUGAUGCCUAGAGCAGUAAAAAAUAUUUUCUUGAGAAUAGCAGUUUCUCUUUUUAGGGAAACCUCAUGACUCAGAUGAAGUUAGGGAAAGGAGACUCUUGGAGCAAGCAAGUAGACGCGAAUUCUGUCUUGGCUUUUCCCUUGUAAUUAUGUAAGGAAGGACAUCUUAACUGCUCCCAGAAACUGAUGCCCCUUCAGGCCAUUUGAACUCCACUCCUGCUACUUGUGGCGCAGAGGACAUACUGGCCUGAUGAUCACCUCAGAUCUUGAGUAUUGGCUGGAUUCAUGUCAUCUGCCUCUCAGCAUUGUGCUCUUGGCCAGAAUUGUUUUCUUAGCACAGAGGGAAAGGAGAGGGUCAGGGGUUUGGUUCAGUGGUGCAACGCCUGCCUGACAAGCACAAGGUCCGGAGUUUGAUUCCUGGUAACCCCACAAUCAAAAGGAGAGGGAAAGUGAGCUUGUGGCAGUAGGAUCUCCUUGGCAACCAGUCUGUUGGUAUGAAAUGUGUGUCACACUAUGUAGCUUUUCCCAGGACACCAGGUUGGUCAAGGAAAGUGGGCAAAGCGUGUGAUUUCUUAAUAAAGAUCCUGUUUUUUAAAGGAUCUGGAUAAAGAAGUUUUAAGUGUAACUGUUAUAAGCCUGUCAUGAUUUCAAGUCAAAAAAAUUGUACAAUCAUA